GCUUGCUCCCUCCCUGGCUUGCAUUACUGCCUCAGCGAGGUGCUCAGUGCACAGCACACAGCUUUCUUAGCAACUCCGCUUUGCAUUUUUCUCACUCUGUAAAGGAAGAAAGCCUCAGACUGAAGGCAGAUUUUAAAGAAAGCUUGUAAAAAAUUCUCCUCAAAUUGCACUUUAGUGUUUGAAGCAGGCUGACACAAGGCACCGGCAGAGAGGCAGCCUAGCAGAGAGAGUGUGCAGUUUGUGUUAAAGCUCUACAGUGAGAGUGUUUUAUCGGAGGAGGAGGCAGAGUAGAGGAAGGGAGAGAGUUGCCUGUUGUCGUGGUCUCUCCCCUGAGUGGCUGAGGGGUGGCUCUUGGUGACAGGAAACGCAAGGCUUGCAAUGAGACCUGAGCGCUGAGUGGAGUAUGCUGCAGACGAUUUACGAGGGCGAGUCAAGUUUCUCCACAACAGAACAGCGCGGUGGACACGAGCAGCUCCCCAACCAGAGCAAGAUGCACAACGUGAACAACUCAGUGGACAGUAAGCAAGACGUUCCAUUGACUGUGGAGCCUGUGUCUCCGUUGGACCUGCGCACAGACCUGAGGAUGCUAGGGCCAGGCUCGGACCCAGGACUGUGGGAGAGGCAGCUGCAGCAGGAGCUGCUCCUCAUUCAGAAGCAGCAGCAGAUCCAGAAGCAGAUACUAAUCAGCGAAUUUCAGAAGCAGCAUGAGAAGUUGACCCGUCAGCACCAGGCUCAGCUCCAGGAGCACCUCAAGCUCCAGCAGGAGCUCCAGGCCAUGAAACAGCAGCAGGAACUUGCAGAGAAGGAGCGCCGUCUGGAGCAGCAGCAGCAGCAGCAGCAUCAGCAUCAGCAGAACCAGCAGGAGAAGGAGCAGGAGAGGCAUCGGCGAGAGCAGCAUGUUUCUAGCCUGAUCCUCCGGGGAAAGGAGCGCUCCCGUGAGAGGGCAGUUGCCAGUACCGAGGUGAAGCAGAAACUCCAAGAGUUUCUGCUUAGCAAAUCAGCUAAGGACCCUUCCAUCAAUGGAGCCAAUCAUUCUUUCCUCCAUCACCCAAAACUCUGGUACACGUCCUCUCACCACACAUCACUGGACCAAAGCUCUCCACCUCUGGGUGGCACAUCCCCCACCUGCCAGUACACUCUGCCAUCACCCAUAGAGAGCAAGGACGACUUCCCCUUGAGAAAGACAGCGUCUGAGCCGAACCUGAAGGUACGAUCCAGGCUGAAGCAGAAGGUGGCAGAGAGGAGGAGCAGCCCGAUGCUAAAGAGAAGAGAUGGAAACAUAAUGACUCCUUACAAGAAGAGGGCCCUGGAGCUAAUGGACUCGACGCCCACUAACAGUGCCCCUGGCUCCGGCCCCAGCUCUCCCAUAGGGGCCUCCAGUGCCUUGGGUGCUGAAAACGGACCCUCCUCUCUUCCUACUACCACAAAAACUGAGAGAUGGCCUUCACAGCCCAGAUUAUUCCGACCUGAGGGCUCCGUGUCCAUGCUGAGCCUAUACACCUCUCCAUCCUUACCCAACAUCUCCUUGGGGCUUUCAACUGCAUCCUCACCACUAAGUGCUGCCAUUGGGUUGAAGGACAGAUCUACAGAAAUCAGACAUGGGCUUCCUGGGCACCUGCUGGGCCCUGUGCCCCUUCAGACAGGCCUUGAGUCCAAAGUGAGCCCCAGUCACCAGGCGCUCCUCCAACACCUGCUGCAGAAGGAGCAGAUGAGGCAGCAGAAGAUUCUCUCCUCUGGCCAAAGCUCCAUGUCCUCCCACCCUCAGUCCCCUCUGGCAAUGAAGGAUCGCCCAUCCAGCAGUCGGCCUAAACUACCAAAACACAGACCCUUGAACAGGACCCAGUCUGCGCCGCUGCCUCAGAACACACUGGCCCAACUUGUCAUCCAGCAGCAACACCAGCACUUCCUGGAGAAACAGAAACAGUACCAGCAGCAAAUCCAUAUAAAUAAGCUGUUGUCCAAGUCCAUCGAGCAGUUACGUCAGCCCAGUGCACACCUGCAGGAGUCUGAGGAGGAGCAGGAGGAGCAGCAGCGCAGAGAGCAAAUAGAGAGCAUGCAGGAGGACAGGCUGCCCCCUGGAGGAGUCAUCCGGAAGCACACACUGAGGAGCAGCAGCAGCAGCAGCGGCUCAAGCGCGGAGCUCCCAGACGCCCACUACGGGGUCAUUAAGGUCAAAGAGGAGCCAAUUGAUAGUGAGGAUGAAGCCCUGACCAAUCAGAGCUUAGCGUCUGAGCAGAGCAACUAUCUGCACCAGGUCAAAGGCAGACUGGUGAUAAGAGCCAUGAUCUGAGAGCGGAAGAGGAUGAGAUCACACACUCGCAACAUUCGCAGAUAUACAAGUGUCUACAUAUACUGCAGCUCUGCAGUUUACACACAAACACAAACACAUGCACAGGAGGCCAGCCUUCUCUGUCAUGGCACACAUCCCGUUUUCAUUUAAAGACUCUUGUUUUUGAUCUUUGUCUAGUGAUCUCUGUAAAAUAUGUACGUUUCACUUCUGUGUAUAUACUAUGAAGACAAUUUAGACCUUUUUUUUUUUUUAGAGCUGCUUUGGUUGUCUCCAGUCUGUUUAACUGACGAAAAGUUGUAUGUACAUAUAUUGUUGAUUUAGCUUUAAAGAUGAUUUCUAGAGGGACAGUUACACAGGUGUACAGCUUGAAGAGCCAAAUUAUGGUCCCAUUCUGUACAUUUUUGCCAUACAAUAUUUGAAUGCUCUUUAAGAGUUAUCACAAAGUCGUCACAGUGUGAUAAAGAACUUGAAACUACACACUCUCCUUCUUAAGAGGUGUCAGAGCUGAAAUAAUAAUGAGCAUCCGUCUUAGAGAGAAUGUAAUCCUAACAGAGGACGCUCCCUUCAGGUGGACUUUUUCUGCACGAGGAGUGAUAUUGGCAUUGGAACAUGGUCGGCUGUUGAUAUUGCAAUUCGAAGGAUAAAACCCUAAACCCCUGCCUCAGUGUGCAGGAUUCUCCUAGCACACCCUGAGUCUCCAUGUCUCCCUCUCUCUCUCUCCAAGAGCAGUCCCAGAGCUAGGGCCUCGUGCUAAGCAGCGGUCUCCUCCCUCUCUCCCUCUGGGUCCAAAUCAAAGCUCGGCGGGUUCCUGCCCAGCUUUCAGCAGAGGAGUCAGACGGAGAGAGAGAGAGAGGGAGAGAGAGAGAGAGAGGGCCGGGCAGGAAAUGCCUUCUAAAAGCCAGGACUCGGAGUGAUUCAUGUGUGCAGGAAUGUUGAGAGAGGAGGACCUGGGGUUGGAGGAGUCCAAGGGGCCAGGCUCAAGAAUUGAUUUACUGUCAAGGCGAAUUACAAAGUGAGUGGGGAUAUGGUUAAGGGAGUCCCUUUUAAAGGGAAUCGCUUCCUUCGUUUUCCCUUGUGGCAUGCUUACCUCAACAGGCAGGUUUGAUGUUACUUCAAUAAAGAAAACCCUGGAUGGGACCUUGCUUCUUCUUUCUUUUUUUCGAGCCUGUUUUUUGCCCCUUAAAGUGCCCAUUGCGACAUGUAUAGUCUGUCUUAAAGUGAUCAAUCAAAUGUAUUGCAUAGCCGUAAACCUUCCUGUUUCAUUUGUACCGUCGACUAAAUGUAAGACAAAAUUCUAGUAUCAGGUUCUGUGUUUGGAUUCAUGUGAUGAUCAAAACUGUCUGUCUUAUACAUUGUACAUUCAGAUUGUCCGGUUUUAAUGUUUCUAGUGUAAGUAAACACAAUCAGAACAAUGUGAGUCUUGUUGUCUUGCUGCUUUGAUUUGGUUGUAACGAGAACCCCUUUGCUGCCAGUGGGGGGGCAGAGGGGGGUCGGGGGUCCUGUGGUCUUUUCAUAGCAGUUUGCAUUUCUUCUAUUUUUUUUGCCUUGUGUGAAAAACGUUUCUUUUUUAAAAUAAAGUUAAUUUACCUCUGA